GAUUUCAAUAGUUUCUGUUUUUCAAGAUUUACCUUUCUAGUAAGUCGUACGAUGAUAAAGAUGGUUGUGAUAUUUGAACUUCUUGCAAGAGAUGAUUUAGAGUCGGCUAAGGCUGUUUUUCUAUGGAGAGGAUCAAUUGAGGUACGAUCCACUAGAUCAUUGUAUCAUUGGGAGAAAGGCAAAGAGAUGAUAAGGAAUGCAAUUUUGGAUUUGGCUUAGAGGGUCUUGGGAACAUGUUCAUCAUUUGUGCCUCUCUUUUUUCUUAGACGAUAUGUGGAAUGAUAUAAGGAUUUAUGAUUCAUUCCUAUACUAUUCUUUAAAAUGAGGGGUACGAGGAAGUAAAAUUAUAUAUUUUAGAAUUUUAAAAUGAUAAAUUAAAGUGAAUAAGUGUCAUUAUUUGUGAACUUUCCCAUCUUUGAGAUUGAGUUAUCAUAUCUUCUAGUAAAUGGGAUUGGUUGCAGAAAAAAAAGUAAAUUAGUGUUAUUAUAUAUUAUACACGAUGAGAUUAUUGGCACAGGAAAGAAUAAUCCAAUAUCUUGCAUUAAAAACUUUUUAGAAUAAUAUUUUUAUUUUACAAGUAAUCUCUGAAGUGGAAUAGAAGAAGCUUGAAUGGGAACUUAGAAAUCAUCUCUAGAUAAGGAAGUAAAAUUAAAAAAUUUGGUGACAUAGAGAUUAAAAGAUUUGAUGAAGUAUCAGAUUAACACACAAGCCCAUCGUUGGAUGAGUCAUAGAUAGGUUUGAUGAUGAAGUUAUAAGUCACAAUGACAAGACAACUGCUCAUUUGGAAGAAUUUCAAUUCAAUGCAAAGCUUUAAUCCUUAUUGGAGGAGUGGAGGAGAAAGAAGAAAAGUGUGUCACUACUCAUGCAGAACAAGGCAAUUGAUAUAAUGGAGGAUGGAGCUAGUGAUUCUGAAAUCUAUCUUCAAGAUGCCAAUGAUGAAGAAGAACAUUACUAUACUUCUAGUUCCAUAUCCAAGUUACAAUUUAGGAAAGAUGUUUCCAAGGCAAUUUGGAAUGAUGCAAUGAGAAUGGCUGAGGUUGUAGAAAUGAAGGGCAAAAUGUGGACAACAACAGGAAUGCUUCAUAGCGGCAAGAUCUAUUGCUCAAUUGAGGAGACUCUGUUUUUGGCUGAACUAGGGGCAUUGCAUCUAUUGGAUGAUCAUGAUGUGCCUAUUUCCUUAAAAGGUAUAUAUGAUAAGGUUUCACAAGGGAAGUGUGGAUGUUGUUGGGAGUCUUUUGAGGCUUAUAGGCACUUGAAGUCUCUUGGUUACAUUGUUGGGCGGCAUGGGAUCCCUUGGACUUCGAAGGGUUCCAAAACUUGUUUGGAUUCCCAUCAAGGCACCCCGGAAGGCAACAGUAGAACAGAUGAAGGAUCAGAAGAAGAAAAUUCCACCAUAGAACUGGUCAAUAAUAUGCACAUUACUGAAGUUAAACUGCUUUUUGAUGUCUAUCUUCCUAAUAGCAAGUUUAGGAAGUCUUCUCCAGGAGAUCCAAGUUUUGUGCUCUGCUUAACCAGGGGUCAUCCGCCAUUGAUAACAGAGAUUGAAGACCUUGAGAGACGGUGUGGUAGCAUACCUUUCAAGUUUUUCCAUGUAUCGCAUGGACGGGUCAGUUUCUUCUCCUUCAACAGAGUGGAACUUCCUGUUCUACCGUAGACAAUCUGGAUGAACUUUAAGGUGUACAAAAUAUGACGUUUGCUUUGAGAACAUUAUCAACAUGGUAGGACAUGGAAAACCGUUGGUCCCUGAGGAAAAGGUCUUGUAAAAAAUAUCCAGUUUACUCAAACUUUCAUCCAUGUUAAUAUGCCUUUUGUCUUCUCCAAAAUUUCAGAAGGGAUGAUAUUAGACGCCUGCAAAUGGACUUCAUCAAAAUUGAAGCAGUGAAUUUUCAUUUCCCAUUUUUAA